CGCAUUCAUAUCUCAGUUUGCACCGAAUACACAAUGCCGUGUCUUAAGAUUUUAACGAAUCUACCAAAAAGCAAGAUUCCGGCAGAUUUUGUCGACAAAAUCCUACCAUUAUUGUCAAGAGUCGUGAAAAAGCCUGUCGAUAAAUUCCUAUGCAUCAUAUCAGGAGACUGUCAGGUAUCGUUCGGGGGCGAGUCUACAUCUCCCGGUGCAGUGGCCACCUUGGAAUCAAUCGGGCAUCUUGGACCAAUAGAAAACAAAGUCAUCAUAAAGGAGGUGUCGGAAUUUAUUGAAAAGGAGUUGGGAAUUUCACCCAAUAGAUUUUUCUUAUCCUUUUAUGAUAUAAAAGGUUACAAUAUUGGCAAAGGUGGCGUUACUAUAGAAUAAUAUAUAUAUUUAUGAAUCGAUAUUAUUUAUUACACUCUAACAAGAAUAUA